AUGUCACUGAUAUUAGAUAUAAAUAAAAAUCCAAUUAUUGAUAAUGAAAACAAUCAAGAAUCAACAAGAAUAUUAUUUAAAAAAGUUUGGGAUAAUGUAGUGAUAAUUCAAGAAGAGGAAGAAGAAGAAGAAGAGGAAGAAGAGGAAGAAGAAAUAGAAGAAGAAGAAAAAGAAGAAAAAGAAAAAGAAAAAAAAGAUGACGAAGAUGAUGAUAGUAGAUAA